GCGUUGGGUCAGCUCUCAACUCACGUGCGACAGCUUGAAUCCCGCUCCGGGCGGCCCAAGUCUGGUUAUGCCUCUGCUGCCGUGAGUGCGCUGAAGCUCCAGAUUCCUGAGCUCAAGGCUGGCAAGGUCCACCAGCGACUUUACCUCGAAUUCUACGAUCGGCAGGAGCGAAAGCGUGCGCUGCAGGAAAGCGUGCAGCAAGCGCGGGAGAACGAGGUGUUGGACAUCUUCAAAUCGCAGCACCCCUGGCUGAAUGCGCUGGCAAAGCAGAGCGAGGUCUUCUCUUUCCUCUCAGCCUACACAGAAGGGCUCAACGAGGAGCAGCUGAUCGAGGCCAGCGAGCUUUGGCGGAGUCAUGCUGAGGUGGAGGCAGCUUGGCGAGCGCAGCUUGAGAAGCGCUUCACCCGACCGUCGCCGCCACAGCGCCAGGUGCCAUCCCCCAGGUCUCCUGCCAGUCCGCAAGCGGACUCCCCGGUCGCAGUUCCAAGCUCGCCGCACCUGGCCGCAAACUACUACCCGCUGAUCAUCAGUCGUUUGGCAGGAGAGACGACGCCAGCCGGCCCAUCGUCUGAGAGGCAGUCUCCUUCCUCAUCCUCACGAACAGGUUUGAGCGGCAAGCUGCAGCGCCCGAAAUCCUCCGGG